ACCGGUCGGCUUCCAAGGCAGUGCGCGCGCUGCCGGCGCAGGCCGGUUAUAUACAGGCUCUCUCGGUGCGAUGCAUCCUCUUUUUUUUUUCCCUCUCUCGGCCGAGAAUCCCUCGUCUCGUCGCGAGUGACUCGGGAGUGCCGUUGAGUGCCUGGUUAAACUCGGUGGCGCGGUUCCUCGCGGUUCUCCGAGCGGAUGAUAUAUCCCCGUGACUUUUAUUCCUGACUUCGGUGACGUACGUUCGGAGCAGAAUUCUCUGUAUACAUCAGGGGAGUGAUCGAGCCGUUCCUGUCAUCUGUUCCUCUUCUUACCGAGAAGAAAGAGAAGAAGAAAGAGAGAGAGGGAGAGAGAGAGGGAGAGAGAAGGGGCAGCUUGUCUACCUGGCCGCGCGAGCGAGAGAGGCUGCGUGUGUAUGUGGUAUGGCUCGUCGUCGGUGGUUUUUCGCCGCCUUUAUUACAGCGAAACCCGAAUGCGUGCGCGAGCGUAUCCCUCUCGUCUGACCGGCCUCUACCCGCCACCGUAAGGCUGCGUUCACACAUGCGGGAUUGAUUUUUCGCGCGAGGACCGUCAUCCGGCCGUUGCUCGCCGAGGAGGAUACGCAUCACCUGUCAGGUUAAUGAGAACCAACGCCGGCCGAUCGUCCAAUCAGCUUUUAGCCAGGCUGGACGAGCAUAGUCGAAUGCAGCUGGGCUCAGCAUGCCCUCUAAGAAGCAGUACAACCUCGUACAUAAUGACGAGUACGACACGCGAAUACCGCUGCACAGCGAGGAGGCGUUCCAUCGCGGAAUCGUGUUCCACGCCAAGUUCAUUGGUUCUAUGGAGGUUCCGCGACCGACUAGCCGAGUGGAGAUCGUGGCGGCGAUGCGAAGAAUCCGCUACGAGUUUAAGGCCAAAGGGAUCAAGAAGAAGAAAGUGACACUGGAAGUCUCGGUGGACGGGCUGAAAGUGACCUUACGGAAAAAGAAAAAGAAACAGCAGCAAUGGAUGGAUGAGAAUAAAAUAUAUCUGAUGCAUCAUCCGAUUUACAGGAUAUUCUACGUCUCGCACGAUAGCCAUGAUUUAAAGAUAUUUAGUUAUAUCGCCCGCGAUGGGAGCAGCAAUACGUUUAAAUGUAAUGUCUUCAAAUCUAGCAAGAAGAGUCAAGCAAUGAGGGUGGUCAGAACGGUCGGGCAAGCUUUCGAAGUGUGCCAUAAAUUAAGUAUAAAUAAUGCCACGGAGGAUCGUGAUCCUCGAGGAGACAAAGACGGGGAGAGCCACGGUGAGAAUUACCACGGUGAUGUUUACGAGGACCAAGACGAGAUUCCCAACGAGCAAUCUCAACCUUCUCCGCCACCGGUGCAUAAAGACAUAUCGUUAAUGGGGGAUACUGAAGAUUCGGUUCCCGAGCAAACGUCCGUUACCUGUUUACUUCGAUCGCAUGACGGGCCGGCGACAACCACCUCUACCUCACCGAUCAGACAGUCACCAUCGGGCACGGUAACUUCCGAGUGCGGAGGUUUAUUGGUGGGUGGCGAAUUAACAGCUCUAAAGCACGAAAUACAGCUUUUACGUGAACGUUUGGAGCAACAAAGUCAACAAACCAGAGCUGCCGUUGCCCAUGCGCGACUUCUUCAAGAUCAACUUGCGGCGGAAACGGCAGCGCGCGUCGAAGCUCAGGCGAGGACACACCAACUCCUAGUGCAAAAUAAGGAAUUGCUAGAACAUAUAAGCGCGCUGGUGAGCCACCUGAGGGAACAGGAACGUGUUUCCGGUGGUCACGUCACUUCGCAGUCGCAAAUACCGAGUACGCCCGCAUCCAUGCAACAGAAUACGGCGGCUCCCGAUCUGUCGAGCCUCGGCCAGUGUCAACGGACCGGAGGUCAGAGCUCGCCAUGGGAGCUGGAUCCACCGACUUUUCCUUACUGCUCAUAUCUGCCGGAUACACUCUAUUCCGGCGGUCUCAGCGCCAUGGGUAUCCAGGGUAAUAAUACCACCGCGGAUCAAUUACAAUUCCAAACACAGCUAUUGGAAAGACUGCACAACCUAAGUCCAUUUCAGCCACAAAGAUCGCCUUACAAUACACCAUCGCCGUACGCGAUGGGUCCAAAUCUGCUUUUACCUCCGUGCGGUGGACCAACGAAUUCAGCCCAGUUGUCCCCAAACUCAGCAUCCUUGCGGAUUUCUCAACCGAACAGCUUCUCCUCGUCGCCAAUCAUGACUCACAAGCUCGACAACUAUGGAACGGAUAGUUCAGACGCACAUCAACAUUUUAUAAAACCGUUGCCAUGUGAUAGGAAUAUAACUCAUUCAAUAGCCGAGGCUAAAGUCAAACAGGAACGGUCGAAUCUACAGGAUUCCGAUAUACCUCCGAUAAUCCUGGAUCCACCGCCGCAAGGCAAACGCGUAGAUGAUACGGCCAAGAAAACGAGUUCGAGGCAAAGUUCAAUAAUUCAAGGGGCGCAUGAUAAUAAGAAUAAUGCACCGAAAAGUCUAGCGACCAUUCUGCGAACUUCAGGUCCACCACCUUCUCGCACAACGAGCGCUCGAUUACCCUCGCGUAACGAUCUGAUGAGCGAGAUGCAGCGAACAGCCUGGGCUCGUCACACGACCAAGUGACUGGAAAUUAUUUGGUACAAUAAUGUAUUGAUAAUUUUUGUCCCGGAAUUGUCACGUUGUGCACAUAUGUCCUCGUUAGUUAUAAAUUAUGAAGAAAUUAUACAUGCGCGGUUCGAGGAUCUUUGGUUUAAAUGGAUAUAACAGGGUUUGCAUUUUUUCCUUUUCAAUCGCAUAAACUUUUUGAAUAAUAUAUUCGGAGUGUAAAGACUAUAUAAUUUUCCAAUGCUUGAAAUUGGAUUUUAGAAAAACAUCCGAAUAAUUUUUAUCAAACAAAAUUUAUUACUAAUGUAAAUUUUAUCGAUAAGUCAUACAAACGUCGUUCAAUAUAGUCAAUAAAUUGUCAAUAAAUCGUUGUAGUAGAUUCUUACGACAAACGUGUAAAAUUCAAUGGAUCGUACAAUUGUAUCUUAUGGAAGUAACAUCUGUGGAGUGUUUGUAAAAAUUGAAAUGAUAGUCGCGUUCGAGAAAUUUAGUGGAUUUAUAUCUCGUGUAUGUCUCCCGCGCGUAUCCAAAGAGACGAAUCGUGAAUAUGUAUACCGAUAUAUGUAGCGUACUCUCGUGUAUGAGAAUCGUCAUCUAGCGGACGAGCCUGUGCCAAAAGUACCAAUUGUUAAGAGAAUUUAUUUUCAGUAUAUUUUUAAGUAAUGUAAAUAAAAAAGAGAGAAACGCGUAUGAUCUCUCGCAGAGUACAAUA